AUGAGCGAAGAGGCGGAAAAAUCGGCAUCGGUGGCUCCGGUGUUUAAACGAAGCACGCUGAUCGAGCGAUCGCCGGUGAAGCAGAGGCUCGUCGACGACAUGCUGCGGGACGUUUUCUUGUCCGCUGAUAUGGUCAUCGACCUAGUGAAGGACAGGAAAUCCGGACUCGGUCUGGAGGUCAGAGACAGGAUGUCAGAGAUGAUGCAAAAGCUUCGGGCUGUGCAGGUCGCCAUCCGAAGAAUGGCCAACGGCGAUAGAAGGCCGGUGUUAGGCAGCAAAUUGGGAAACGCUGUACAUGCAGCGUGCCAGACAGAGGAGGUGGCGAGCAAGGAGGCGUGUGUGCAAGUGGAAUUCGACAGUCGGCACGUUGCGAACGUAAAGGCUGUACAUGAAGCUUGCCAGACAGAGAAGGUCGCGAGCAAGGAGACGGCGGUGCAAGCGGAACUCGGUAAACGGUCUUUCGCGAAGGUGGUAGCCGGAGCUACAGUAGUGGGAAAGCCUCCUGUAUCGCAGGCCCCCCCCGCCACAGCAUCAGCAGUGCGACUGGAAGCAGAAGCUGAGCCCACGGGCAACACCCCGGCGCGUGGCGCGCAGUCGGAAAAACGCCAGCGCAGCUCACCGGAAGAGCAGAAAGACCCCAAGCGCGGGAAAAAGGAAGAGGUGGAUGAUUGCGCAACGCCCGCGGAAGCAGAGGGUGGAGACUUCACCCUGGUACAACGCGGUAAGAAGAAGGCGGCAGCUAUGCCAAAACCAACCAAGGCAGCGGUUGUCCGGACCCAAGCAAAGUCUUCUCCGCCGAAGACCAUGACGACAGGGGCCAAACCGGAUGCGCUGAUCGUCAAGGCGAAGGACGACGAGCAGUACGAGGCGUUAUACGCGUCCCUCUGCGAGAACGAGAAGCUGCAGGAGCUGGUGGCUACCGUUAGGCGUACCAGCGGCGGCAGCAUGAUCGUGCAGCUGCGCGAGGGAGUGCGGAGCGCCUUGCAUCAGGCUGAGGUGCAGCAAGUGCUGGGAGAAGCGGCGGAGGUGAAGGCUGUCUCUCCGCACACGACGGUUGAGUGCAGGGGCCUGUACCAGCACACAACCGAGCUCAUGGUGCAGAAUGCUCUUAAGGUUCAGUUUGGCAUCGAGCAACCGCCAAAUGUCACGGUACGCCGUUUCCGCUUCCGAACGGUGGCGGAGAUACAGCUCCCGACGGACACGGCCGAGAAGCUCAUCGGAGCGGGAAAAAUGCGCGUUGGGCUAAACGACUGCACGCUGCACGUGCUGCCAAACCCAACUCGGUGCUUCAAGUGCUGGGAGUUCGGCCAUCAAGCGCGUUUCUGCAAGGGCGAGGACCGCCGAGGAGUCUGCUUGCGCUGCAGUGUAGCAGGUCACCCGCAACAGCCACGCACCAGGAAGUUUUCGGUGCAGCGCUCGGCAAGCAGCAUGCAGGUAGUGCAGCUCAACCUGAAUCACUGCGAGGCGGCCCAGGUUCGGUUGCGGCAGUCGAUGGUGGAAGCGGCUACGGCGGCGGACAUCGCGAUUCUGUCGGAGCCGUACCGAGUCCCGGAUCUGGACGAGUGCUGGCGAGCGGACAAGGCGAAGAUGGCUGCUGUGCUGGUGCGGGGACACCCCAUCCAGAAGGUGCUGGACGACAGGCACGAGGGCUUCGUCGUCGUUCAGGUGGCCGAAUUCACCGUGUGUGCCUGCUACGCUCCUCCAAGGUGGUCGAUUGAGCAGUUCCAAGGCAUGCUGGACGAGAUGGUCGGUGUGUUGGACCGUCGUCGACCGCUACUGGUGGCCGGCGACUUCAACGCAUGGUCCACCACGUGGGGAAGCCGAAGAACUAGCCCAAGAGGCCAUCGACUGGAGGAGGCGAUUGCUCGUCUCAGGCUGGUACUGGCCAACACCGGAAACACCAGCACGUUCUGCAAGAACGGAGGUGAGUCGAUAAUCGACGUUACCUUCUGCAGUCCGGAGCUGGUGGACGGGAUGCAGUGGCAGGGAGCCGAAACCGUGGUGGAGCGAACGGAUUCUGGAGGCGUGGAUCGCCAAGAGGCGUACAAGGCGUCGGCACCAGCGCGGGAGGGCUGA